CCAACAUCCUCUAAGAUGUUUAUAUGGACCAGUGGCCGGACCUCUUCAUCUUACAGACAUGAUGAGAAAAGAAACAUUUACCAAAAAAUCAGGGACCAUGACCUCCUGGACAAAAGGAAAACUGUCACAGCACUGAAAGCAGGAGAGGACCGGGCCAUUCUCCUGGGACUGGCCAUGAUGGUGUGCUCCAUCAUGAUGUACUUUCUGCUGGGAAUCACACUCCUGCGCUCAUACAUGCAGAGUGUGUGGACCGAGGAGGCUCAGUGCACCUUGCUGAAUGCAUCCAUCACGGAAACAUUUAACUGCUCCUUCAGCUGUGGUCCGGACUGCUGGAAACUCUCUCAGUACCCCUGUCUCCAGGUGUACGUUAACCUGACUUCUUCUGGAGAGAAGCUCCUUCUCUACCACACGGAAGAGACAAUGAAAAUCAAUCAUGAGUGCUCCUAUAUACCUAAGUGUGGAAAAAAUUUUGAAGAAUCCAUGUCCCUGGUGAAUGUUGUCAUGGAAAACUUCAGGAAGUACCAACACUUCUCCUGCUAUUCUGACCCGGAAGGAAACCAGAAGAGUGUCAUCCUAACCAAACUCUACAGUUCCAACGUGCUGUUCCAUUCACUCUUUUGGCCAACGUGUAUGAUGGCUGGGGGCGUGGCUAUCGUUGCCAUGGUGAAACUCACACAGUACCUCUCCCUGCUCUGUGAGAGGAUUCAACAGAUCAAUAGAUAA